CCCUCAACGGUAGGUGGUUGGGUUUUGCUGUCAGCUGGUCCCCGUCUUCUGUCUCUUCGACCCUCCACUACGGCGGUAUAUGCAAACAAGGGUAAACUUUUGAUGCUGUCAUCUCUUGAUUCAGGAAGUAACCUUCAUGUUGGAUCAUAUGGUAGGUUGCUGUGUGCUCGCCCCGAUUCGGACAUCAUUGAAUACUGUACACCACCCACCACCAAUCAGGGACCACCUAUUAUCGACCCAUUAGCAUUUGGGAAAACCUCAACGUCUGGAUUUAAAGCAUGACCAGGCCAUUGCCUGCGAGCAUAGCGCUAAGAAUUCAGAUUUUUUCCACCGCUGUCAUACCUCUGAGUAUAUAACAGGUUAGGAUCUCCACUGAUUCUUGCCUACCAUCGCCCAGUAGAGAUAACUUCCUCCAACCCCUUCGGUUGAAACUUACCCACUACUGACCAACCAUGUACCUCCCUACACUGGGUGCAGUGUCCACACUGCUAGCCAGUCUCGUGACUGCGCAGUCGACAUUCACACCGGCACGCCCCCCAGCUUUGCCGCUGGCUGUGAAGAACCCGUACUUGAGCACAUGGUUCGCAGCUGGCAGCCAACGCGGAAACGGAGGAUAUUUGCCGGGUCAAUGGCCCUCGUUCUGGACGGGACAAAUCCUUGGAUGGGCUGGUCUGAUCCGGGUAGAUGGCGAGACUUUUACCUGGAUGGGAUCACCCUCCAACUUUGAAGCAGCCAGCCAGGUUGCUUAUGAGUACACCAGUACCAAGAGUAUCUUCACUAUUGACGUAGCCGACAAAGUCACCGUAAAGGCGACGUUCCUCUCGCCCGUCACUCCGAAUGACUUCAAGCGUCAAUCUUUGAUCUCCUCGUACUUGUCCGUAUCAGUGUUUUCGAAAGAUGGCCAGAAACACGAUGUGCAGCUGUACACUGACAUCUCUGCCGAGUGGGUUUCGGGAGAUUCAGAAUCCGUGGCGCAAUGGGACUCUGGCGAAGUGGAUGGUAUCGCCUACCACAAGGUCUGGAAGCAGAAUCAACAGCUUUUCCACGAAAUCAAUGAUCGAGCUGAAUGGGGCAACUGGUACUAUGCAACCGAUGCUGCCGGACACACUCGCCAAUCAGGCAGAGAUGAAACUGUUCGCGGUAUUUUCCGGGACAGCGGCGAACUUCAGGGCAGCAAAGAUACUAACUAUCGCCCUAUCAACAACGACUAUCCCGUGUUUGGUUUUGCAGUUGACCUUGGUUCUAUCGGAUCGUCUCCAGUAUCGACACUGUUUACCAUUACCCUCGCUCAGGAAACCGCAAUCCAGUUCCUCGGUGCGGAUGGUCUGAAGAACGUCCCGUCGUUAUGGACCGAUUACUUUGACGAUGAACUGGCUGCGCUUUCGUUCUUCUACAAGGACUAUCCCGAGUCUGACAAACUGUCGACCGAGCUCGACAACAAGGUUGCGACUGAUUCAAAGGCCGCUGCGGGCGACAACUACCUCAUACUGACCUCGUUGGCAGUCCGACAGGCCUUUGGUGCCACACAGCUCGUGGGUACCCAGGACAAGCACUACCUGUUCCUCAAGGAGAUCUCAUCCAACGGAAACAUGCAAACCGUCGACGUCUUCUACCCAGCAUCGCCCAUCUUCUUCUACAUGAACCCAGAACUCGUCAAGCUCCUUCUCGACCCUCACUUCGAGAACCAAGAAAGCGGCCACUACCCCAACAAAUGGGCCAUCCACGACCUAGGCACGCACUACCCCAACGCCACAGGCCACGCCGACGGCAACGACGAGCACAUGCCCGUCGAAGAAUGCGGCAACAACAUCAUCAUGGCCCUCGCCUACGCCCAACGCACAAACAACAACGCCUACCUCACCCAACACUACGACAUCCUCACCCAAUGGGCAGGCUACCUCGUCGACGACGCGCUCCUCCCCGCCGAGCAGCUCUCCACCGACGACUUCGCCGGCCACCUUGCCAACCAAACCAACCUAGCCCUCAAAGGCAUAAUCGGCCUAGCCGCGACCGCCGAAAUCGCCGCCCGCGCAAACAACCCGCAAGACGCCGACAAAUACUCAGCCAUUGCCCGCAGCUACAUCGACCAGUGGCAAUCCCUCGGCAUCAACUACGACGACUACCCCCCGCACUCCAUCCUCACCUACAACGACCAGGCCACCCACGGCCUCCUCUACAACCUCUACAACGACCGUCUUGUAAACACCUCGCUUGUCCCGCAGUUCGUCUACGACAUGCAGUCGACGUUUUACCCCACCAUCAAGGAGAGAUACGGUGUCGCCCUCGAUACGCGGAAUCAGUACUGGACAAAGGGCGAUUGGGAGGUUUUUUGCGCCGCCGUGGCCUCGGACGAAACCAGGGAUUUGUUGAUUGCCGCCUAUGCGAGGUGGGUUGCCGAAACGCCUACGGGGUCCCCGUUUACGGAUCUGUAUAAUGUUAAUGUUGGCACGCAUGUUGAGGGGAUUGAGUUCAAGGCUAGACCGGUGCAAGGGGGUAUGUUUGCGCUUUUGGCGCUGCAGAGUUGA